AUGUGCUCCCCACUCUCCCUCAACUCUACCAUAACUCAACAAAAACUAGCGACCCCAUUCUCGCUUGGAGCUUUAUUCAAAACUCUAGCCAUUUCAAGCUUAAUUCUGAUAUUGUUUUACAUCUUGUUCUUUGAUAAAUCAAUUAAUUAUCAACCUUCCAAUCUCCUGGAAACCUUCAAACAAACCUUCCCAGCUGCGACGACAUGUCCCGUCAGUCACCCUCCUACCAAUUUUAGCCACAUUGUGAUCGGAAUAGUUGGCUCCAUGAAGACGUGGAAGCAGAAAAAAACAUACAUUGAGGCAUGGUGGCAACCAAAUGUCACCCGCGGAUACCUCUUUUUGGAUAGAGCUCCUACCAAACAGUUUCUCCCUUGGCCUUCAUCUUUUCCUCCUUUUCGAGUCAAUGAGGACAUCACUGGAUUAAAAGUGUACCCGAAGAUUGUGAGUCCGGUCCAAGUACGAAUAUUGCGUACAGUUUUGGAGACGUUUAGAGAGGGUGACAAGGAUGUAAGAUGGUAUGUAAUGGCAGAUGAUGAUACCAUUCUUCUUGUUGAUAAUUUGGUUGAUGUUCUAGCAAAGUAUGACCAUACUAAGUACCAUUACAUCGGAACAAGUUCGGAGUGUAUUAAGUCUAAUUUCGAUUUUUCGUUUGAUAUGGCAUUUGGUGGUGCUGGUUAUGCCUUGAGUUACCCACUAGUGGCAGCAUUGUCAACAAAGUUGGAUCAAUGUAUUGAGAGAUAUCCUUACUUGAGGGUUAGUGAUUUUAUGUUGCAUGAAUGUUUAACCGAUUUAGGAGUUUCUCUGACUCAAGAAAAGGGGUUUCACCAGAUUGAUCUCCAUGGUGACAUAUCAGGUCUUCUAUCAAGUCAUCCACAGUCUCCAUUCCUCUCCCUCCACCACCUUGACGCCGUUGACCCAAUCUUCCCCUCCAUGAACCGUUCCGAGUCCGUUAACCACCUCAUGAAGGCAGCAAGAGUUGACCGGUCUCGUCUUCUUCAACAAACCAUAUGUUACCACAGACCAAGUAACUGGUCUUUCUCAAUUUCAUGGGGCUACUCUGCUCACAUAUACGAAAAUGUUAUCCCUCGGAGUACUUUACAGAGACCCCUCGAGACAUUCAGGCCUUAUAAGAAGAAUGUGAGACCACCAUUCUUCAUGUUCAACACGCGAUGGCCCUCAAACGAUCCAUGUAAAGCUCCUCAUGUGUUUUAUUUUGAUUCUAUUGAUCAGCGUGUUGAAGGAAACAAGACUGUUACCACUUAUUCAAGAGUAGCGCCGCGUGGUUUGCUGCCUUGUUCAUCAAGUGGUAACCACUCUGCGGAUUUCAUCACCAAAAUCAAAGUCUAUUCAUCUCCAGAAAUACGCUUGGAGGUGAGAGGGAAAAACUGCUGUGACAUAGCACAUGCAGCUGAUAUUAACACUACUCAAGUCAUAUACAGGUCUUGCAUGGAGAGUGAAAUUAUCGCCUAGUUUUGCAAGUCAUAUGCUAUAGGCCCAUUCUCAACUUCUCCUGCUGAAGAUUUACCAAUUGGAGACUAUUA